AUGAGGGUUGGUUCUUUGUCUCGUCCGCUGCAGCAUGCGCUGCGACCAGUGAAGGCUCGCAUUGCAGUCCCUUGGCUCGGGGCUGUCCGCUGCUUCGCUGACCGUAAGACGGGCACAGUCAAGCUUUGGAAUGACCAGAAAGGCUUCGGUUUUAUCACGCCUUCAGAAAGCGGAGAAGAUGUAUUCGUCCAUCGAACGGGUAUUGCAGAAGGUGUGACGCUCUCACCAGGGUUGUCCGUGAGUUUUGCACCUGAGUGGGAUGACAAAAAGCGGAAAGACCGCGCAUCAGAUGUGCAGCUCCAAGAAGGUGGAGAAGACGGCGAAGCCCCAUCAGGCGACUCCAGCCGAGCAAGUGUGGAAUCACAUCACAUGGUUGGUUCAUGGGAGAAGUGGGCCAUCCACAAAGCAGCCAUGGCCGGGGAUGAUCCCGUCGUCAGACAAAAAAUUGUGAUCAGGAAUGAUGCCCCCAAAGCUGGGGAGCUGCGCCGAGAAGAGUUCCAAAUAGUUGGCAAUGCAACUUGGGACAUUCGGCUGUACCCAGCUGGCGGUGACAAACAGGAGGUGGUCGUGUUAAAGCCCGGUGGUUCCGGGUCCAAAGCCGCCACUGGGUCCAAGAACAAAGGGCAUGGACGAAACUGGGCUGUAGAAGGUCAAGGGGGUGAUAACUUUGAUGUCGCCCUCAACACUGAGACGAUGAUGGUUUCCUGUGAGUCUGUGGAGUGCACUGGCCAGCCUCUCUUUAGAUCAAUGCCAUCAGGGCUUGCGCAGGUUGUCUUUUAUGUGCUGGCCUUUGGCUACCCGCUGAAUGGCCCGGCUGAAGGCUGGACGCUUGAGUUGCAAGGCUUAGGAUUCAUGAUGCAUGACACCCUCCUUUUUGUGUGCAUCAUCUUCCCCAGCUUCCCGUUGCUGAUGAAUGCUUUCGGGCAGAAAGGCAUGGCUGCAUCGGAGUUCUCUGCCGUGGACGCAGUUCUCUUCAACCAUCCGCUGGCACGUGUCGUCCUAAUCUUGGUUGGCAUCGCUCCGAACGAUGCCGUUCAAGCUCGGUUGGACAGCUACCUGUCUGAUGGCUAUUGCGUGGUGACGUUCCCGCUCCGCAUGGAUCUGAUCAUGACGCUAGUGUACCGGGCUUCAGCUCCCAUGGAUGAGUUUGGCUUUUCGGAUGAGCAGUUCCAGGAUGCGCUUGGCCGCGUUGGUGUUGAGCCGAACGGCCUGGCAUUCACUGUGAACUCUGGAGUUUGGGCUUUGCAGAUCCUCUUUGGAGGGGUGAGCCUCAGCAUGGACAUGCUCCUCUUGAAUCCCUUCGACUCCUGGUUGCCUACGCCUUUGAGCCUCGCGCGUGCCGCAGUGUUUCUCGAACGGCCUCUGGAGCCGGACGGCCCGCUGCCGUCUGAAGUUCUGGAGGAGGAGGUUGUGGGGGCGAUUUUUUGGGGAUCCCUCGCUGAGAUGGACACCAUCCUCACGCGUUUAUAUAAGGCCUAUGUACGAUCCCGGCGUGCGCUGUCUGGCAAUGCCUGUGAAGUGGUAUUGCUUCCAUCUUGGUCCAUGGCCGAGCCUCACUUUGCAGAUGGGUUUCGCUACUACGGUCGGCGAGGCCUGGAGGAUGAAUUGGAUGACCGGCCCCACCACCACAGCCAGCUUUAUGCUGCCCGAGCGCAUAAAGAGCGUGCUGACUGGUCCCUCAUACGCUCGUUGAAGCUUCUCCUGCCAAUGGACUACGGGCCUCCGUCAGCGCGGAAUGCGCUGCCGCGAAGCAUUGUUGACUUGGCGCGGCGGAUGCUGUCACUUCACCUUGGCCCUUUCUCACCGGGACCUAUGCAGUUUGGAGUGACACUUCAGUCAGAUCGAGGUGGGAGAUACUUGCGCACUCCAGUGGAUGCCCUCGACGCCCUGCAGAACUCCAUGAUUGAAAGUUUUGACGCGGGACAGCCAAAGCCGCUGCCUCGCGAGGCAGCCCUGCCCGGAGAUGUUGGUGGCUACCGCACGUUCCGUGAUGUGCGCAUAGUUGGCAAUAGCGCAUGUGCACGAGGGCAGGUGCAGUUGACAAUUACAUCCGGUGAUGCUCCUGCCAAGCUUCGCUUCUUUUGUCGGUCCUGGGUUCGUGUGGAGGGCUCUGGGCCUGAAGUUGUUCCGGACAAUGCGCCAGCCACCCGCUCUUGUCGGCAGGCGUUGUCGGUGGACAAGCAAACUUUCCAGCUUCGUGGGUCGGCGGCUCAAGUCAACGCAGCGAUCUCUCUGCUGGCCUUCGAGCCUGUCCCUGGCCAGUCCCAUGGGCAAAGGGACACUCGUCUCACAGAGGCAGAGUUGUUAGCACACUUUGCCAUCAUGGUCCUGACACUGGAAGAGAGCUGCCCAGACCGUCAGGACCACAGGACGGCAGCAACGGUGCAGAUGCAGGCCUUGCUCGACGACGUCCAGGAUCACAUCACGGUGGUCGCGCACUCGGCAUCUCGUUGCGACCUAUUGGACCGCCUUGGGGCAUCCUUUCGCAGUGUUUAUGAUCACUUGCCUGUGCUGGUGACGUGUGAGUGUGCGGAGGGCGUGGACUGCGAUGAGCUCAGGGAACGGCCGCACCCGGACGUUCCCUACAUGUCCGUCAUCGAUGUGCCUUUCGACUUCGGAUUAUCACGCGGCAAGCGGCUACUGGUCCAACGGGUUCGGACUGAGUUCCUGCUUGUGCUGGACGACGACUUCGUUCGCUCGCCAUUGUCGUGCUUGGAGUGCAUGCUUUGGCACAUGCGGAGCCAGCUUCAUUCCCUGACCCUGCCCUUUGACCUGCUGGGUUUCCCAAUCCUCGAGGACGAGCGCAACUUUGGGGCCUUUCGUGGCCGACUGCGCGCUACAGGCAACCGGUUGUAUUUGGACCCCAUUGUAGCCGGUGCGAGCGCAGAUGGGUGCACACGGGUUGGAAUCCACCCCAUGGCCUUUCUCGGCAGAGUAGCACGGUUACGGGGUUUUAAGUUCCAGGACAACUUGCGGGUCGGGGAGCACGAGCAGUUCUUCUAUGCGAACGGGUAUCUUGGCCUCCAGGCGGCCGUGUGCUUCGACUCCACGUUCCCUCACUUCCGCGUGAAAAUGAAGGGUGAGUACAAGCAGCGGCGUGAUCGCAUGCAGGAGCUGAUGACGAAGGAGUUUACAAAAGUGGGCUUCCCCAGCAUGUAUCUGCUGCAGAAGUACGAUGCCCUCAGCGCGGCAGACCACAACGAGUUCAUCUCGAAGGACGUGCCACCCUGGCAAAUCUCGGAUGAUGCAUGCGGGUUCUUUGUUGCAGUCUUCUCUUCGGCAACGAACCGGGGUGCCCAGUUCCGGGGUCUGCUGCGUGGUGAGGAGGAGGGUUCGCCGACAGCUUGGCUACCUCGGCUGGCUGAGUUGGCUGCCGUAAACUGGGCCUUUUUCCUGGAUGAGGUGGCGGCUGAAGCGCGGAACGUGGCUGAGGAGGAGGCCGAGUUUGGCGACAUCGUUUAUUUGCCCUCUGCCCGGCAGCCAUCGACAGCUGAACCAUCUGCGGAGCAACUUCGGUGGGCUUUCGCUUUCCUGCAGCGAUUCCAAUUCCGCUGGCUUGCGGUUGUCGAGGAGGAUGUCUUCGUAAAUGUCGGGGCGCUUCUGGGAAAGGUGUCAGAGAUUGAGCAGGCCGCUGGGAACGCUGCAGCCCGAACAGUCCUCGGCCACUGGCAGACCCAACCAGAUCGGCCAGGGCUCAGCUCAGUCUUCUUUCUCCUCACACAGGACGUCUUUCACCUUCUGGCCUCUCGGCGUAUGGUGACGCGUCUGCGGACAGAUUUGGAGGGCGGCGCGGGCGCCGCAGUCAAUGCGUGGUUGGAACCUCUGGCUCUACAGCGUGAGCUGAUGCCUGGGGUCUACCCAGGACGCCACAUUCCAAGCCAAUGCCCUGGGGAUGCUACGGUUCUGCAUCCCGUGGACCCUGCGGACUUCUUGGUGCUCAGUGAAGCGGCAUUGCAAGGUCCGCCAUGUCAAGUUCUGGAGCAGCUGAGGCGGCAAGGCGCCACAGUGGUGCAAAAUACCAGGGUCCUGAAAUCUUCUAGAGAUCAAAAAGGGAGUAUCAUGAGAGGACCUUAG